AGGUUGAAAUCAAUUGUCAGCAGCACCACAACAUGCAUCAGAGGGAAGAAGGUGAGAGAGAUCUGCUGAUGACCGAGUGGACUGGUAACCCAAACCGUGUUUCUGACCACCUGUGUAAAAUUCUGGGACAGACGGCUACAGAUUAAAGAACAAAACUGGUGCAAGAGGAUCUGAAGGAUGAGUCAUCGUUCUCGAGCCUCCAAGGUGCGGCAGCAUGUCCACUGUGAUUCCUGCUACAGUCGGCGCUGCAGGGCUCGGGUGGAGGUCUCUGUGUGCUGUGCAGUCGUCCCCUGCCGCCUGCACUGUGGAGCUCUCUUCCACCUGUGUAAAGAGGAGGAUCACCUGCUGCUCUGCCCUAACGUGAGGGUGCCUUGCCUCAACGCUGGGUACGGCUGCCCGGUCCACCUCCCCCGCUCCUCGCAGGCAGCCCACCUCCAGGUGUGUCCGGCCAGCGUGGUGUGUUGCUCCAUGGAGUGGAACCGCUGGCCGGCCAACGAUGCCCAUUCUUAUCCAAACACCGAGCUGCAUGAAAACCUGCUCACAGAAAGAGAGAAGGGAGGAUGUCUGGACCUUGCUAUGGCCCUGAAAGACCAGGACCGCCUGUUUCACUCCAUUAAGAUGAAAAAACUGUUCCCUGAGCUCAUCCAGAGUGUGGAGGAGGAGGAGAAAGAAGAAGAGAGGAAGGAAGAGGAGAGGAGGAGGGAGGAGAAGAAGAAGAAAAAGGCUUCCUUGGAGAAAGAGGCGGCAGCAAAGGAAGCCGGUGCUCAGACUUGGCAGUCUUUUAACAAGUUUAACUUCCAUAUGCUUGAUGAAAAAGAAGAUGAGGAUGAAGAUGAGGUUGAGAUUGAGAUUGAAUAUGAGCAGGAGAUGACUCAAGAGGAGAGAGAGGCUAUUGCCACGGCAUCACUAGUGAAUACUGAUCUGUUAGACAACUACAACGCCUGGGAGCGCAUGUUCAGUAUGGAGAUGGGAGGCUGCAGGGAAGCUGGAGGGGAAGCUGUGGCAGGCAGAGGCCAGGACUUGGCUAAUGGGACAGGUAAAGGCCUUGGCACUCUGACAGAGGAAGACCCAGCGGACACCUGCGUCGGUGCAGCAGCAUCAAACAAUUGCAAACAGGCGAGCAGCGCACGUAUGGCUCUCUCCUCCUCCUCCUGUGGCACCGGCAAACCGAGGACGAAGAAAUUUGUGUAUGGAUCUGUGGAACCAAUGAAGAUUAUCACUGUGCGUACCUUUAAAAUCCCAUCCAGCUUCUCUGCCAGGCAGGGCCGCAUCCGCAACCCUGGUUUCUACAGGAGAGAGAGUCAAGCUGUGGAUACCAGCGACCUGGGGGUGGCGCUAGUAGAGAUGCCAGUGUGGGAGGAAAUUCAGGCCUCUCUGCUGUGCUCCCUGGAGAAGGAGCAAAGGGGUCACCUCAUCGCAGAGAGUCAGUGCACAGACGGUCUGUUACAAGAUGAAGGCACGCAGACCUACAACUUCCUGUCUGCUCCUUUCCGGAGAAACACGUCAUUGGCUGAUCUGACUGCUGGAAAACCUCUGGAGCUGCACCUUCAGCUGCAGGUGGAGAGCGUCACCAGCCGACACCACAAGGCUAGCUCCACCUUCACCUUCCUCUGUGGACACACCUUCCAGCGCAGAGAAUAUGGCAAACAUUAUAAAAACAUUCACAGCGACAUACAGAUGGGUGUGAAUGGAUGGUUCGAGCAGAGAUGCCCCCUGGCGUACCUGGGCUGCACCUACAGCCAGAGGAAGUUUCAGCCCUCCACGCAUGAAGCCAACGUCACCUACAAUGAGGAUCUGGGCUGCUUCAGCCUGCAUCCCACCACCCCUGCCUCUCUGGGUGAUGCCUCCCAGCCGUCCAGGAGCUCAGUGGACUCCUCCACAACUCAGAGAAGGAAGGGAGGUCGGGCGGGAGGAGGGGAGGACUCUCUGAGCUCGCUGCCAUAUGAGGUGCUGUGCCACAUGGCCACUUUCCUGGACAGUCUGUCCCUGUCCCAGCUGGCUCUGGUGUCCCGGCUCAUGAGGCAGGUGUGCUCCUCUCUGCUGCAGGAGAGAGGGAUGGUCACCCUCUGCUGGGAGAGGAAGACCUACUCACAUGGAGGAGCCAAGUGGAGGGUGAAACAGAGGGUUUGGCAGUUUAGCACCUUGUUCUCUCCCGUGGACACUUGGUGCUUCCAAGACGUGCCGUCCAUAUCGGAGCAUCUAAAGGUUUGUCCCUUCUAUGAGAGGGAGUCCAGAACAGAGAAGAUUCACCUGCCACGUAUCAGAGAAGAAGUCCAAACCAACACAAGCUGCAAAGGUCCCACUCUAGUUAGUUUGUUCCAGGAGAAGAGGAUCAUGAUGUAGAGUGAUUUGCUGCUCUAAUCUGUUAUUACAAAACAGGUGACCUGCCAGGUUUGGGUGCUACCAGGGAUAGCACCUCUGUUUCUCUCCCCAUUUAUUCCUUGUUGCUGCUGUCCACUUCCAUAUGAAAAUAAGGGAGAAAAAUGCCAUUAAAAAUAAUAAAAGUGUGAGUUAUGGGGAUUAGUAUACACUGAUGUAACACUAAAACAGGAAUUGACUCAGUCUUUAAUCUUAGCCACAUAAUGAAGUAGAAAACAGAAUCAGUUAUUUUUGACCUGGAGAAAUGCAGUGCUGCCUCCCUCUAGUGGCUCUUACUGGUAUUGUGUGUAUUAGUGAGAAAGUCUGCUCUGAGCAGUCUGUAAAACAGCACAGUGUUCAUGGUAGAGAUGAGACUCAGGCCCGCCGUCCCCAUCAUCAGGAUGUAGCGAGGUAUAUGUUCACUAUGACCUGCCAGCCAGCGGGCCAUCCAACCCAGCGUACAGACACGAAACACCAGGAACCUGACGGCAAGACAGAUAAUCAGUGUGAAAACCUGAGCAAACAAAACACUCAAAGCAUUUUGAUAAAACACACUUUUACAACAAACAAGCUCAAGAUAAACUAAAGCAGUCAAACUAGACUUUGACACAGAUUCCCUCCACAAGACCGGGCCACAAGGUGGAGGAUGGACAACCUGUCAUAGGUGAUGUUCUACUUCAGUGGUGCAAAUUUCUGACCUAUUUGUGAUUAAUAAAACUACAUAGACCCACAUGAUGUAGAGUAGACCUGGGGCAUUAGGGGUCUCUGGGGGUCUGGGGCGGAUGUUGCCCACUUUGCCCUGUUGAUAAUUCAGCUUGGAUUGUAGAAGACAGACACGUCUAACUGUCAAACGGUCACAAACUUGACUGCUUAUUGACGAACAUGAGCUUGUUUGGUUGCGCUGUGAUCAGAACCACCAGCUGCUCCUCUGUUGUAUUUCUGACGAAGUAGCUGCUCAGAGAGUGUUUGUUGAAUUAUUAAACUGUACUUUCCUGUUAC